AUGGGGUUUAAGGGUCAGACAACAGGGCAAACGGGGACAGGUACGCCCAAUCCAAGGAACGCUCACAGGAGCAUACAUUUCAUUUCAUCACUAACGACAUUGAAAGAAAGUGAAGCAGAAGCGCAUGAAAUGGAGAACCAGAACAUGGUAAAGAACAUUUCUUUAACUUCGUCAGCGGAGUCCAACCAGACGACAACUGUGAUGCCAGUCUCCUGUACAGGAUUCACGUGCGUUCCCUUUAUCGUCAUCGACGUUACACUGGCUUUAGCCAUGAUGUUUGGAAACGGUCUGAUGAUCGCAUCCUAUGUGAAAUUCAGGGAGAUCCGGUGUCAAAGCAACUUCGCCAUUGUGAGCUUAGCCUGCGUGGAUUUCAUAACCGGAUCAAUUGGGAUACCUUGCCAUUUAGUCUUGGCCUACUUGGUGUUCCUGGUCCCCAGUUGGCAGUAUCUAACAAUGGACAAAUACUUUUGCCUUGCAAAGACUGGCUUGGUGUCCGGAAUGGUGAGUUUGUCUUUUCUCCAUCAGUUCUUCAUCGCAGUUGAGCGGUACCUGAAGAUAUGUCAUCAUUUUAAAUGCGUCGCUGUACUGACCAACAGGCGGCUAGUUGUUGCUUUACUUUGUGUGUGGAUGUAUGGGAUAGCCAUCAACCUACCGCCAUUAUUUGGCUGGAACACGUGGAACCCCGGGGUGGACUGUCGCGCUAAUCAAGUGCAAGGAGAUUUAGUGCGCUAUGUUCAUGUACCCCACAUCCCUGUCUGCAUUGUAGCAGCGUUAUUCCUCUACUUUGCCAUUUAUUACCACGUGCGACAACAGAAGAGGAAACUCUCCCAUUUUAGGGACACGAAUAUGAAAGAGACGACGACUGAUGGACCAACAGAGAUGCCAACUCAAAGUAUGACUCUUUCUGCUAAAAUUGAGGUCUCCCGUGAGACUGUAUUAUCAUUGCCACCGGUAGAAUCGCAGAAAUCUGGGCCGACGACUGAUGGGGUAAAAGCCCGCGGAGAAAAAGACACCGAGAUGGCUACUCCAACACCGAAUGGGAUUUGGAGCACGGGUUCUGCAGCCAGAGGACGCCCUAACGGAGGGCCCGCCUCCUCCCAGCAGAGAAGAGAUCCACAGACGAAAAAGAUCGACGUGGAGGUCAAGGUCGCCAAGAUGACGGUGGUGGUAGUGGUGACUCUCAUUGUACUGUAUCUCCCCUUCUCUGUUAUCAAUUUGACGGAGAAAUAUUUCAGUAGGGUGACUUUUGAGGUGCUUUAUAACGUCAGUUUAGAAAUAAUGUUCCUCAGUUCCAUAAGUAACCCGAUCAUAUAUGGCAUAUUAAAUACAAGGAUCAGAACAGCAUUCUUGAAAUUGUUGAAAUGUGGCCGCUGA